GAAUCAUGCGAUCACGAGAUAAAGGCAUGUCAGUGGAUUUUGGCUUAGCUGAACGUCGAAGUCUCACCAGAUCAUCAUUGUCCCAGAAGAAGAAGAGCUACAGCCCAUAUCUUGUGAGUCAGCAAGUAGCGUGUGAGAAAGGAUGUGGAAAGGUCACCGCCAAGUGCGUGAGGUGUGGCGCGGCAUCGAAGACGAAAAUGCAGCGCAGUCAAAGUCUCGCCAAGCCCUUUCUAUUCACUUCAUCGAGAUCGCCACCGCAAAAACAAGUUCAGGACUCGAUACAAGAACAUGACGGAUCAAGAGAUGCCCGACGCCUGCCUCCCAUGGCUAAGCUAAUGAUCGAGCCGAACCGAGCACCAGUCGACGCCUCCAGUUGGCCGCCCUAUCCUUUCCGCCCAACACAAUCGCCUCUUUGAAUUUGAGGCUUCCUCCCUCACAUGCCACCCUGAUUCCGAGACGGUGUGACCUGUAUGAAAUCUGUAUUUUACCAUCUCACUUUUUUGUGAGAUUGGCUUUGUGUUCAAAUUUGUUUUUCUUCCAAUCUCUCUUGAUCAAACCUUUUUGCUUUUUUUUGGGUCAGCUGAUUCCUGUUAAAAUUUACCUGUCAUGAGUUCUUUUUGACGUUUUAUCCUAUUGAGUAAUCACUCUGCGGUUUCAUUUUAUUUUCUUUUUUGGGUUUUUUGUUUCUUCUUCAAUUUCACAAUUGAUGAUGUGGUAUAGCUUGUGUGGGGUAUGUUUUCAUAUAUAAAGUUUAUCUAUACGUAUACGUCUUGAUGGUAAAAGUCGCACCUUUUUGUGAACAUCGAUUCAUUGACUCGUUUUGAGCUAGAGGUUGAAGAAAAUUUAUGUGUCCGCUUGAUGACUCC